AUGUCUUCCAAAAAUGGUAGCAAGUUACCAAGCUCUCAAGUGUCUUGGUAUCUGUGGGGAGGCUCCCAAGUGUACAAGAAGUCGUUCGUGGCUAAUCUACACCGCCUGGCGAAGCCUUUGACUGACAAUGUGCCUUGUGUGGAUGCAAAAUAUCCAGAUGCUAGGCUCAUCACCUUCCGUCCCUUUUACUUUUCCUUGGGCAUCACUUUCCCGUUGUCAAAGCUUUUUAAGGAGGCAUUCUGCGCCAUGGGGUGUGCUCCAAGUCAGUGCACUCCGAACAUCUAUUGGGUGAUCAUGAUGAUGAACAGACCUCCUAUGAAUAACAUCUGCAAGAGGUUGGAACUUAGGCUGGACAUGGCUAAGGUCGGUCGGGCUAUAAACAUCACACUGAGGUUUCGCGAGUGGCGCUGGCUGUUGAGCGAGUAUCAAAAGGAAGUCGGUGGACUCCCCCUACCCAGGUUGUUGAGAGAUGGAAGUAGAAUGAGGAAGGCUGAUGUCAAGUCCUCAAGAAAUAAAGCUACCUCUUCGCGGGCGAGGAAUGUGUCUCCAUCGAGGAAGAAGCCAAAGCUCCCUGAUGUUGAGAAUAUUCGUGUAGGGACUGGUCCCCCAUCAUCUGCUAAGGUUAAACAUCUCGUUGGUGCAUAUAGCAAGAAGAUUGGCGGCAUGCACAAUAUUAGGGAUGUUCUACUUAAGCCUCAUAUUGACAAGUUUGGAGACCGUGAUCUGCUUUAUGAAUUAGUCUGUGUGCGAUCUAGUUCACCUGCUGAGAGGCAAAGAAAAGCAUAUGUUCCUCUCCGAAGUUUGGAUAGUCUGCACCAGUCAAAGGAUGGAGAUUAA